AUGUAUCGUACAGCACUAAGAAACGCCUCACGGCCUGCUGCCAGCACUUUGCGCACCGCCGCUAUCCGGACGGCCCCUCGGCGAUUUGCCUCAACUGCUCCCGCGGAUAGGUCUCGAUCAUGGAAGAGCUCUGCACUUCGAUGGGGUUUGGCGGUUGCCGGUGUUUACUACUACAACACAAGCUCCGUAUUCGCGGAUGAGGUCGAGGCUCACGCCCUGCCUAUUCCCGCCCCGUAUACCGAAAACGAGCUGCCCACCGUCGAUGCAUUGAUCGAGAAGAAGCGAAAGGAUGUUAGCCCCAAGACUGCCGAGCCGGCUCCCGCCAAGACAGAGGCCGUCAAGACCGACGACAAGUCAGAGGCUCCCGCCCAGAGCGCUGUUGGCUUUGGCGGAUCUCCCGAUGCCCUGGAAGAGGAGGCUAGCCAGGAGGGAGCCUUCAAUCCCGAAACUGGAGAAAUCAACUGGGACUGCCCCUGCCUGGGUGGCAUGGCGCAUGGUCCUUGCGGAGAGGAGUUCAAGACUGCCUUUAGCUGCUUUGUCUACUCUACCGAGGAGCCCAAGGGCAUGGACUGCAUUGACAAGUUCCAGGGCAUGCAAGAGUGUUUCCGACAGUACCCCGAAAUUUACGGCUCCGAGCUUGAAGACGAAGAAGCUGAGGCCGAAGCUGGUGACGCCGCGGCUGCUGCUGCUCCCGCCGCCAAGGCUGCACCCUCCGAAGUCCCCGCCGCACCCGUUGAUGAAGAAGACCGACAACAACUCCGAGAAGCCAAACUUGCUCAGGGCCGUCACUCUGAUGCCGCUGAGACAGACAACCUGCCUGGCGUCAAGCUGGUGGAGAGCUCAGUCCCCAGAGUAGCCAGCGAACAGAAGGAGCAGAAAUAA